CAUCCCGUUUCGCGGGCUGAUAACUUGAAUAUGCCGAAUUCAAACAGCUCCACAUCUUCCACAAAGAGCAUCAGAAGGGCCGCUUCUGAACUCGAGCGCUCCGAUUCUAUUACGUCUCAGAAGUUUGUGGGGAGGAGGCAGAGCUUGAUCGAGGACGCGCGUAAAGAGCGCGAGGCGGCGGCUGCCGCGGCGGAGGUUGCGGGACUGAGCGAGCAGAUCGUGUUCGAGGAGAGCGACGGAAAAGCGCUGCUCAGUCUGUUCUUUUGUCUGAGGAGUUCAAAGAGCCCAGCGCUGUCCCGCGCCCUCAAGGUUUUUGAGACAUUUGAAGCCAAGAUCCAUCAUCUUGAGACCAGACCCAUUCGAAAGCCCAAGGAUGGUUUGGAAGAUCUGGAAUAUUAUGUUCAGUGUGAGGUGCAUCUGUCAGAUGUAAACACACUGAUCAGCUCUCUAAAGAGAAGUGCAGAGGACGUCAAAACCACAAAAGAGGUUAAAUUUCAUUGGUUUCCCAUAAAAAUAGCUGAACUGGAUAAGUGCCAUCAUCUUGUCACCAAAUAUGAUCCCGAUCUGGAUCCCGAUCAUCCAGGCUUCACUGACCCUGUUUAUCGAAAGCGAAGAAAGAUGAUUGGAGACAUUGCCUUUAAAUACAAACACGGUGAGACGAUUCCUCGAGUGGAGUACACAGAAGAGGAGAUAGGAACAUGGCGUGAGGUUUACUCAACUCUGAGAGAUCUGUACACAACUCAUGCCUGUAGUGAACAUUUAGAGGCGUUCCGAUUACUGGAGAAGCACUGUGGCUACAGCCCCAAUAACAUCCCUCAACUAGAGGAUGUAUCCCGCUUCCUAAAAGAGCACACUGGAUUUCAGCUGAGGCCGGUGGCAGGUCUCCUCUCGGCAAGAGAUUUUUUGGCUAGUCUGGCUUUCCGUGUGUUCCAGUGCACGCAAUACAUACGGCAUGCAUCCUCUCCCAUGCACUCCCCUGAACCGGACUGUGUCCAUGAACUUCUUGGUCAUGUUCCUAUACUGGCUGAUAGAACGUUUGCACAGUUUUCCCAGAGUAUUGGCCUUGCCUCUCUUGGAGCCUCUGACGAAGACAUUGAAAAAUUGUCGACACUUUAUUGGUUCACAGUGGAGUUUGGAUUGUGUAAACAGGCAGGGACAAUCAAAGCGUAUGGUGCAGGACUGUUGUCUUCUUAUGGCGAGCUGGUGCAUUCACUUUCAGAUGAGCCAGAGAGACGAGAGUUUGACCCGGACACUGUAGCUGUUCAGCCAUACCAAGACCAGAAUUACCAAUCCGUCUAUUUUGUGUCCGAAAGCUUCUCUGAUGCCACAGAUAAACUGAGAGCAUAUGUGACCAGCAUCAAGAGACCAUUUUCUGUGAGGUUUGACCCAUACACAGACAGCAUAGAAGUGCUGGACAACCCGGUGAAAGUCAAGUUAGGGCUGGAGUCCAUUAAAGAUGAACUCAAGAUACUCACAGAUGCCCUGAAUGUGCUGGCUUGAUUUUCCCAUGAGGAGUGAAUCAUCUGUCUUGUUUCCUUCAUGCUUCAUAUUUGACAGUUUUGUCUUUAUCUUUUGUGUCUACAUGUCACAUCUGCUGCUUCAGAUGUUGUUGCUUUAAAAAGCCGAGUGCAAACCUCAAAUCCUCACAUUGGGACUGAUUCCAAAAACCGUAAUGGAUCUCUAUGUGAAAAAAACAAAACAGAAAUUGUCAUUUUUUUUUUUUAAAAUAGCACAUAUGAAGUGUAAAUCAAAGUUGUUAAAGAUAAUGAAGACAAAAGUUUAAGAAGUAUCUCUGGCUAAUGUAGUUACUAUAUUAAAUUAAUAAAAUAUGUACAGUAUAUCAUAAAAUCUAUAUUGAAGGUGCUGUAAGCUAUUUUGGCUGUUCUGGAAUAGCCACGCCCCCCUCUUUCUAAAACGCCACCCUCCAAAGAUACCAAAUGAGCGUUUUGAGUAGGAGCAGUUGUCAAAAACAACAGCAGCAAAAUUGCGCCCUCAACUGACGACUGUUAUGAGCAACAUGGCUUAAAAAUGGCAUUAAGCCUCAAUAAUUCACUGCAACUACAAAACUAUGAGAACGUCAAAAAUGAUUGAGAAAGCGUCAGAGACCAUGGCCAGCGGACACAUUUACAGAGUCUAGAGCUGUCACAGAGACCGAUGAGAUAUCUCAUGACACUUAUUUCAGUAAUAUCUUUCAGGGAGUAAGACAUUUUUUGCAUACCUGUCCAUGAAAAAAAUCGCUUACAGCUCCUUUGACAAUAUAAAAUCUGAAUGUAGUAGUAUUCCAAAUAUAUUCCUAAAAUAUGUUGAUCUGAUGUAUUCUCCUACAGAUGUUCUAAAUAUUUUAUUAAUACUGAAAAUGCCCUUAUUUAUCAAAUAACACUGGCCUACUGAUUGGAGCCGGUUUGUGUUUCUCCAAAAAAAACAAGAAAACAAAAUAUUAAUGUUAAA